AUGGUGAUUGUGAUUUUGCUUGUUGCUAUUGAUGAUUUUGUGGUUAUUGAUGCUUUUGUUGUGGUUAUUGAUGCUUUUGUUGUGGUUAUUGAUGAUUUUGUUGUGGUUAUUGAUGCUUUUGUUGUGGUUAUUGAUGCUUUUGUUGUGGUUAUUGAUGAUUUUGUUGUGGUUAUUGAUGCUUUUGUUGUGGUUAUUGAUGCUUUUGUUGUGGUUAUUGAUGCUUUUGUUGUGGUUAUUGAUGAUUUUGUUGUGGUUAUUGAUGCUUUUGUUGUGGUUAUUGAUGAUUUUGUUGUGGUUAUUGAUGCUUUUGUUGUGGUUAUUGAUGCUUUUGUUGUGGUUAUUGAUGCUUUUGUUGUGGUUAUUGAUGAUUUUGUUGUGGUUAUUGAUGAUUUUGUUGUGGUUAUUGAUGAUUUUGUUGUGGUUAUUGAUGAUUUUGUUGUGAUUAUUGAUGAUUUUGUUGUGGUUAUUGAUGAUUUUGUUGUGUUAUUGAUGAUUUUGUUGUGUUAUUGA